GACAGCGGCCUGUUCAAACCGGCGGCGGCGGCCGGGGCCGAGCGCGGGGAGCGCGCCGGGCUGGUGAACCUGGUCAGUGACUUGGGAACCCAGGAAAUGUGACGCUCGCCCCCCACCCCUACCCUAGGGAGAUAGUCUGGCGGCUAACAAGCUGUAAGGCCUCCGCUUAUGGACUGUAUUUCUGCCCUGCUGUCUGCUACCCCUGCCAAUUACUGUACAUGAAUGCAUCCAUAUGAUCCUGGUGCGAUGCAAGCAAAUGAGUUUGACUCAUCUGAUGAAGAGCCUAUUCAAGAUGAUCAGAUACCAUUUCAGAUAUCAUGGUUAGCCCUGUCAUCUGUCUAUUGUUCUCAGUUUCUGGGAGUAUGUUCUCUGCCAGGUUGCAGGUUCAAGGAUGUUAGAAGAAAUCUUCACAAAGAUAUAGAAGAAUUGAAGAGGUAUGGGACACAGGAUAUAUUUGUGCUCUGUACCAGAGGAGAGCUCUCAAAAUAUCGGGUGCCAAACCUACUAAACUCCUACCAGCAGCAUGGGAUUAUUGUGCACCACCAUCCUAUUCCCGAUGGAGACACUCCUGACAUCGCCAACUGCUGUACAAUUCUGGAAGAACUAAGGGGCUGUCUGGAAAACAACCGGAAAACAUUAAUACACUGUUACGGAGGACUUGGACGCUCAUGUCUCAUAGCUGCAUGUCUUUUGCUUCAAUUAUCUGAUGCAAUGGAACCCCAAGAGGCAAUAGAGAGCCUCCGAGACUUAAGAGGAUCUGGGGCAAUACAGACAAUAAAGCAAUACAACUAUCUCCAUGACUUUCGAGAGAACCUGGCUGCACAUCUGUCAACAAAAGAUGCAAUAUUAAGAUCAGUAUCACGAUAAACUAAUAUUGAUGACAUGGUAUAUCUGUUUACAUACGGUAUUUUGGCUGAGUACAAGUUCUAUGUAAAAAGACAUCUCUCACCUGCAUGACCUUUAAUACCACUUUAUUAGGGUAAUACUUUACCAGAAGCAGUGACUAACACCCAGUCUCUACUGUAAAUAGACAAAGACUGGUGCUGGAAAGGGACUUGUAAGCUAUAGUAAUAUCCUGCAUUUCAAACUUUCAAGGACUAAUUUCAUUCUCUACAAGUAUUUCCACACAUGAAGGGAGAAAUGCUAUGCUGGUGUCCCCUCCAUUUCUAAUAGACUUGUUUUAGUACAGUAACUUCAGUGAACCGCUGAUGCAUUAAUUCCCUUCAUCAAGGACGUCCUUACCACUAUACAAGUUUCAACAGUCUGAACUAGUAUUUUGGUUUUUAAAUUUUUGGUGUUUUCUGUAUGUUGCAUUUUAUUUAUUUACUGAAUGGAGGGUAUUACAGGGGAUGUCAAAAGAAAUAAAACUAAUGCAUUGUCUAUUUGU